AGGGGUUGUGCUGCGCGUUGUGGUGCUGGCUAGCGAGACGGAACUGGCGGCAAUGGGUGGAUAUGAGCACCUCCUCUCCAGGUUCGACGAUGCCAUUCCAGGCACCACCACAAAGCACAUGCGCGUCACAAGGGCAGCUGAUACGACACAAGUGAUCAACGGAACGGUCUCCAUUGACGUGUCAGUGCUUGCUGGCGGCACACACGCGGCGACACAGCUGCUGAGGGAUGCGCUGCUGGCGGCGUUCAACACCAGUGUUGCUGCUGACAACAAGGUCGAGUGGACACUGUUACGCGCUGGAUGCGAAUGCCCUGAGUUGCCGCAUGUGGCUGGCUGUGACGUUGGCGAAGAGGUGUUUUAUCCACCGCUUGCCGAUGAGAGCGGGAUUGGAGCAGCGCCGUCGUGCUGUCCCGUCUGUCUGUCCAGUGCAGAGCAUGAGUACCAGCACGCCAGCAGCCUCUACAUUCUGCAACACGAACAGUACCAACACGACAUCGCUUGCUUCCACCAAGAUUUGCUCGCCCACCAAGACGAGGUGGCUGCGUGGCAGGCUUCCUUCAAUGCCUACCUUGCUGCAGAGCAAGGGUUCUUCUCCACGCAGUGCACGCUGCCCACAACCUGACGGUACAAGGGACUGAAGUGAAGAAGGGACUGAAGUGAAGAAGGGAAGGGACGACUGCACCACAGGCACCACAGGCACCACGAGAAAGAACAUGGGUGCUUGGGUGAAAGGUUCAGGAUUGUUCUAUUGUUGUUGUUUGUUGUUUUGUUUUGCAAAUUCGAUGUGCAAAUAAUGAAUAAAUGACAAGAAGCGAG